AUGGAGAAGAGAGAGAACGAGAGGCAGGAUGUCGGUGGAGAGGGAGAGGGAGGGGGGAGAGAGAGGAAGAGUGGUAGUGGAGGGAGCGAAGAGAGGGAUAAGAGUUGGGGGGGUGCAGAAGAGCGAUGCACAGAGUGGCAGAGACUGGAAAAGCUCCAGAAGGCAGCAUCAGCAGCUCACACCUACUUUGUUGCUAAUCCCAGUCAUUUGGAAAUGAGGAACAACAUAGAAAAAUACAGACGGAUGGAUGGAGUGACUGCAGAUGACUUUCAGGACAGAGAAGCUGGUCACGAAAAACACUGGGUCUUGUAUGACUCGGCGCUGCAGCUGGAGGCCUCUGCGGACUGGGCGGCGACUGUGGAGAAGUGGGGAGAGUGUGUGAGAGCGAAACUCUGCCGUCAGACGGAGGAGUGCCGCAUUCAGUGUGAAACAGCCUCACAGCUUCUGCCCCUCGACAGAGGAGAGGAGGGGGGCAUCCACGGAGCGUUUGAGAAGGCCGCAGCUCUGUCUCUUUCACUUCUGUCAUGCCAGCAGUCAUGUGUCACUCAAGUCUCCACUCGACCCGGACGAGUAUCAUCCCAAGAAGACUUCCUGCCCACUCAGCUCGAGCAUCUGCACAUCGCACAGUACAAAGCUGGAGACGUGUCUGGGGCCAUAACAACUCUUCGUUCUCUGCUGCUCUUUUAUCCCACUGACAAAGACAACUUGGAGAAUCUGCAGCUUUAUUCUGAGACACUAGGGGGAGACCAAGAGUCACUGGGCACACUGCCUGCACAGAUCAAAAAGUAUGUUCAUCGAUCGCUGCAGGAGAAAAAACUUUUGUAUUUUGGGAUGGAAAACCUGGACUUCACAUUUACAGAUCCAGAUUUGUGGACUCCCGAAGACGUUGUUCCUGAAUCUUUAAGGGAAACCUGGAACACCGAGAAAGAACAGAUGAAUGAGAGAAUGAAUCAAGGGGAGCAGCAAGAGAGCGUGGACGACAGUGGCUUCUAUGCAGGCGGCUCAGUUCCCCAGGUGGGUGUGACUAUUGCAAUGGACCACAUCAUGUUGAAUGGAACAAACCGAGUUGUUCUCGAUGGAGUCAUGACCCAGAAAGAGUGUGACACCAUCCUGCACUUGGCAUCAGCGGCGGGUUCUGUUGGAGAUGGAUACAAAGGACGGCGCUCUCCACACACUCCACAUGAGACGUUUGAGGGUCUGACGGUGCUCAGGGCAGCAAAGCUGGGUCAGGAGGGAUUUGUGAACACUUCUGAUGUGAAACUUCUCCAUGAGCUCGGGGACAGAGUGAACACGCUGCUGCACUCGUACUUCAGAAGCCCUACAGGACUCUACGUCUCCUUCACUCACCUGGUCUGUCGCAGUGCCAGAGGAGACCAGAAGGGCAGAAUUGACCUGUCUCACCCAGUUCAUGUGGACAACUGCAUCCUGGAACCAGAAACCAAACAGUGCUGGAGAGAACCACCUGCUUUUACACACAGAGACCUCAGUGCAAUUUUAUACCUGAAUGACAACUUUGACGGAGGGGAGCUGUUCUUCACUGACAGAGAUGCCAAGACGGUCACGGCCCGAGUGAAGCCAUCUUGCGGACGUCUGGUGGGAUUUUCCUCUGGUCCAGUGAAUCCACACGGCGUUACUGCAGUGACCGGAGGGAAACGAUGUGCCUUGGCCCUGUGGUUCACCAAAGAAAAAAUAUACAGAGAUAUGGAGCGUGAGGAGACGGAGGCUUUGUGGAGUGGAACGAGCACAGAGCAGGAGCCAGAAGGUGGCGCUGCACCGGGGAGAAGCGGACGCAGUCAUCAGCCCACUGAGCGCAGUCGUGAGGGCGUGAGGUCCCAGGGGUCCAAGGGCCGGAGGGACGAACUGUGA